CUACAAAUUGUGGGGACGACUCCGGGCUCAGGUGACAGACUCGCGACUUGUUCAAGGCUUCUGACAGAACGCAGAAUCUUCAAAAGGCUUUGCACUUGGUUGGCUCUUCAUUGCCGGGAUUGUCUGUGCCUCUGGCAAGAACUCCAGCUCAAUUUCCGCACAAAUCGCCGAUCCUCUAAAAAGCCAGCAGCAUGAGCUCUUCCAGGCACAUCAUCUUUAAGAAGCUGUCUCGGGACAAGUCGGUUGGCGUCUACAUGGGCAAGAGGGACUUUGUGGACCAUGUUGACUUUGUGGAUCCUGUGGAUGGUGUUGUCCUGGUGGACCCUGAGUUGUUAAAAGGAAAAAAAGUGUACAUUAUGCUGUCCUGCACCUUCCGGUACGGGAGGGAUGACAUGGACGUCAUGGGCAUCGCCUUCCGCCGGGAUAUCUACCUGUCCACCCGGCAGGUGUACCCUCCUCUCCAGGACAGGAAGACACACUCCAAGACACAAGAGCGCUUGCUGCGCAAGCUCGGUGACAACUCCUACCCCUUCUUCUUCGAGUUCCCGGACAAUCUGCCUUGUUCCGUUGGUCUGCAGCCGGCUCCUACAGAUACGGGAAAGUUCUGCGCUGUGGAUUUCGAGAUAAAGGCCUUCUGUGCAGAUAACCAGGAUGACAAGGUUCACAAGCGGAGCUCUGUCCGCCUCGCGAUCCGCAAGGUGCAGUACGCCCCAGAGCAGAGAGGCCCCCCACCCAAGGUGGAGACCACCAGGGAGUUCAUCAUGUCAGACAAGCCCCUGCACGUGGAAGUCAGUCUGGAAAAGGAGACAUACUAUCAUGGAGAGCCCAUCAAUGUUCAUGUCGCCAUUAAUAACAGCUCCAACAAGACAGUAAAGAACAUCACUUUAACAGUGGAGCAGGUCACCAAUGUGGUGCUGUAUUCCAACGAUAAGUAUGUCAAGCCCGUGGCUGUAGAGGAACCCAGUGAUCAAGUGCCUUCUGGCACCAGCCUCAAGAAGGUCUACACUCUGCUGCCGCUAUUGGCUAACAACCGGGAGAGGCGGGGCCUGUCCCUUGAUGGGAAACUGAAGCACGAAGACACCAAUUUGGCUUCUUCCAGCAUAGUGAAGGAAGGUGUCCUGAAGGAGAUCCUGGGAAUCCUGGUGGCCUACAGGAUUGUGGUGAAGAUCAUUGCUGGCGGGAUUGUGGGAGAUAUGGGUGCCAGUGAGAUUGGGCUGGAACUGCCUUUCAGGCUGAUGCAUCCUAAACCUGAAUCCGUGAAAGAAAGCGAGCUGGAAGAGGACAUGGUGUUCGAGGAGUUCAAGAGAUCCUACUUGAAGGGUAUGGUGGAGGAUGAAGAGGAAGGCAACAUCUCCCCCGCAGAAUGAGAGCUACCAGGGCAAGAAGGCACUGAAGCUGACAUAGUAUACAUGCCCGUCCUCUAGAGAAUUUAGGUAGCAAGAGCCUGUGGUUGCACUUUAUAUCAGUAUUCCAGGGAGUGAGUAUCAGAACGUGACAGGCUGUGGUGUGGUUAAACAAUCCAAGGGCCACGGACUUACUGGUUGGUGUGACCUUCUGGUCAGUAACAGCAGCGCGCCAACGUCUUUUCACCUGUUCCAUCCAUUUUCUCUGGCUCAUCAUCUUCUGCCAGUCAGUCCGUUCAGCUUGUCAGCUUUCUUCCAGUGCCCUGGUGUUAUCUCAGCUCCUCUUUCUGGCUCCUUCAGACACCUGCUAGUCAGACAGCUGGUGUUUAAAUCGUUUGUCCAGGACAUAACCCACAGCUGACUCCUCUUGUGCUCAAGCUGACUGCCACUCACAGUCAUCCAGGCACAAGGACUUUUUCUGAAUUCUACAGUAGGUUCAGACAACUUUCUAUCUGCAAGCAUUUGCCGCUGAAAGAGAAUGUAGGAUACUGUAUAUAUAUAAUAGGAUUUCAGUAAUGUUAUUCUCCGGGUUGUGUAGCUCUAUCAACAAUGACCUGAAUGACUGGCAAAGUGUGGAAUAUGGCAUCUGGAGGGCUGGCAUGGGGCAGGUUUCCCGGAUCUCUUUAAAGGAAGAGCUGGGAAAUACUGUUAAGCUGGCCCAGUUAAACCAGCAGGCAGCUGGAUUGGAAUGACAAAUGGCAAACAAACUCUACUGCACCAGGACUGGAUAGCCACGCAGAGGACAAAUGAUAGGACAACAUUUUAGAUGCCGCAGUCUGCUACAGUUCUGAGAGUGCUGAGCUGGUACUCCAGUCUCCCCAGUUUUAGAAAGUGAGUUUUUUGACAGGAGAUUAGUGGGGAGUAUGCUGUAACUAAACAACAGCAUGAGCACAAAAAAGGGUAGUGAUGUUGAGAUAAACCACAGAAAGUUAAUGACCUUUACAACAGGAAUAGGAAGUAUCUUAAUUGUAGAACGUGUACAAGAAUGGUAUCAGUACAGUUGUCUUAUAAAAACAGUGCGCAAAAUAAGACCUAAAUUAAAACAGAAAUCCUAUACCUUCACCUUCAUUUCUAGGUUUGUUUUGGGUUAUCUGGAGAAGAUGUGACCAUCUGUAUGAAAGCUCUUUGCUGCACUCUGACUGUAGUAAAUAUCUUAAAACUGCAGGAGUUAAGUUAUUGUAGAUAUCUUGGCUGCAUCAAGUGUUAUGAAGAUGUAGUGUAUAUGGGAGAGAAAGCUGUUAACUCUUACAGACCUGUAGCACUAUUUUACCUAAGGUAACAGAGUAAAGUCCAGUAGCACUGCCUGUUGUUGUAUGGAGUCUGUUAAGUGUAAAGCCAUCCCAGAUCAAGUCUGAAUUAUUGAUGGUGGAGUGCUAUUUGGUGGUGUUCCUCCUUUCCUUUUACUUUAUCUGUAAUGUAUUAUUUUUCAUUCAUAAAUCUCCCAGAGCUUUUACCUGCAUGGUCUGUAAUGGCUUUUCUUUUUUAAUAAAGGUUUAUUAUAAUGA